UUGCGCAUGUGCCGAGGAGGGCGCAUAUCUAGCUCCUUCUCCAACGGCGAUUUGACCAUAAGCUUUCUGCGGUGGAAGAGGAAGGGGCGGGCAAGACAGACUGAGUUUGAAGGGCUCCUCGGGCCAAGGGGUCAGCGUCCGCUGCGAUGUCAUCUCCUGGUUCGGUGGCCUCGGAGGUGGCCUUUGACCCCGCGCAGCCCCCAGUCAUUGAAGGUUUCACCCCCAGUACGCACCGUGUGCGGGAUGAGACCGUCAGAGCCAAAUUUAUACGCAAGGUCCGCGAGAACCCGGUGGUGCCCAUAGGUUGUCUGGCCACAGCUGGAGCUCUGUCUUAUGGACUCUACUGCUUUCAUCGGGGUAACAGCCAGAGAUCGCAGAUGAUGAUGCGAACCAGGAUCUUUGCUCAGGGCUUUACAGUGAUGGCCAUUCUGGGGGGCUUGGCAGUCUCGGCCAUGAAAUCACCAGGGCCUCACUGAGACCGAUGGCCUCAUUACUUGAAAGAGUCAGUGACCAUUUGCAAGAGAUUGAAGCAGCUUUCCAGAGAUGGAUUAGAAGAAUUUCUUGGCCCCAUGUUGGAACCAUAUCUAAUGGUACUGAGUGAAUCCUGUGUUUCUCUCAGACAGAACUGUUGAUAAUGUAAUGGAUUUUUUCAUUAAAGAAUGAAAUGAGUCUGGAUUUGAGAACA